CCGCUGGCCCAUCUCUCGCGAGGAACGACGCCGUUAUCGGAACCUCCACAAACAACACGAGAAUUCAUCAUUCGCACGCUCUGAGCAAUGUCCGAGGAAGAAUUGGAAGAAAUUGUACAAAUAACAGUGGAGGACUUUAACCCAGAGGGCCGUGCAGCAGCAAACAUGCUGGACAAUCAAGGACAAAAUGAGGCGAGUCCUCAGAAGAAAAAGAGAAAAUUCAGCAACAGCCAAGAGAACAGCAGCAACAACCAGGACAUAGGUUAUAUUAAGAACCUGAUGGUCUCUUUCACUGCGUCAGUCAGCCAGCGAUUGGAAGGAAUUGAAUCCAAGCUGCAGGCUCUGGACGCCACAUGUAAGGCUCUAGCACAAAAGCUGGAUAGCAUGGUACCUUGUGCCAAGAAUUCUAUCCAGGUUCCUAUGGUUGCUGGGUCACCCCAGGGGGCGACUCAGACUUGGAACAAAGUGCGAUGUGUUGUUCCACAAACAAAUGUGAUUGUGAGCAGUGAAUCCAUGAAGCAGGAAGAUCCCUCCCUGGAAAACCUGCUCAGCAACACCGUGGCGAAAAGGCGCCAAAACACAAUCCUGGUGAAGGUGCCAGGUCCUGAGGAGAGUCAGGAGGAAGUGGAGAGUGGCUCUGAGGCUAGUGACUCCGUUUCCAAUGGUGGUCAUCCCAACAAUGCACAAAAUGGACAAAAUGUUACACUCAUCACUCUCAACUCAGAGGAAGACUACCCUGGGGGCACAUGGUUAGGUGAUGAGAGUAACCCAGAGAUGCGUGUUCGUUGUCCAGUCUCGCCAGCCGACAUGCUCCAUAUCUCAUCAAACUGCCGCACAGCAGAAAAAAUGGCUCUCACGCUGCUGGACUACCUUUUCCAUCGGGAGGUCCAGGCCAUGUCCAACCUCUCUGGACAGGGCAAACAUGGCAAGAAGCAGCUGGAUCCGCUCAUGAUUUAUGGCAUUCGCUGCCACUUGUUCCACAAAUUUGGUAUCUCAGAGUCUGACUGGUAUCGCAUCAAGCAGAGCAUUGACUCAAAGUGUCGCACUGCCUGGAGACGCAAGCAGCGUGGUCAGAGUUUGGCUGUCAAGAGCUUCUCCAAACGCACACCUCGUGGCUCAGGCUCAGACGGAGGUCUCGCAGACGAGACCACCCACAUAGAAGCAGCCACCCAACAGACCCUGCACUACACACUGGCCAAUCAGCAGGUCCAGUUCCAUCACAUUGGAGAGGAUGGACAAGUUCAAGUGAUUCCACAGGGACAAUUGCACAUUGCCCAGGUGCCUCAAGGAGAGGAGGUACAGAUCACCCAGGACAGUGAGGGAAACCUUCAGAUCCACCAGGUGCACGUUGGCCAAGAUGGACAGGUACUUCGGGGAGCUCAGCUCAUAGCAGUGGCAUCAGCUGAAGGGGGGGCAGCAGCGGUCGAGGGCACCUCUCUCCCUCCUGACAUUCAAGUGCAGUAUGUCCAACUUGCCCCUGUCACAGAUCACACAGCUGCAGUACAGGCUGCUGAGCUUGCUCCUGCCCUGCAAGCAGACAUGGAGGUAAAAGAGACCAUGCAGGGAGAGAACGGUGAGGUGGUCCAAAUCGUCACCUCCGUGCCUACCUGAGAGAGGCAUCUGCUUUUUGGACUACCCAAACUUUUGCCCUUUACGGCACUACGGUGCAUCAGAGGUCCACCCAUGCGAAGAAACUGACAGACAUUAAAGUCAGCAACCGUUUUUAAGAAAUCCCGAACGUCAAUCUGAAACGGUGUGAACAAGCCAUUUUUUGUUGUUGUUGAUGUCCCUUGCCAAGCAGAUGUCCAUAGCGAAUGGACUAUGAUUCUUCAAAAUCAGCUGCUGUCGUCGUGGUGUGUUCAUCUGAAGAAGGAAUCAUCCCACGCUUGAAUCCACACCGGGAUUAUUGUCUGUCAGGGGGCGGGUGCUGCUUAUGCAGAUGCAUCGGCACAUACACACUUGUUUACAAUGAUGAAAAAUAUUAACAUGAUAAAGUCGAGUAGCUGGCCCCUCCUUUAUGGUGUUUAACCCCCUGAAUGUUCAUGUUCUCAUCAAAAUGAUGGCCACUGGGGUGGAAUUUGAAAUUUGCUGAGAACGGCUACUUUCACAAUGAGUUUGUUUUAUCAGUUUUCAUAAUUUAAUCCAUAUUUUUUUCUGCCGGCUGUGAGCACCUCCCUUCAGUUGCCUCAUCAUGUUCCCAUAUUGUUCUGGUUUGUCGUUUGAUUUAUCUAUUUGUUGCUUGCUGGGGGAAAUGCUUUUGUUUCGAACGACGUAGACCAUGAAAUACGGGAGAUGGUGCCAGUAUAAGUUUGUUGUAGCAUACCAAGGAAAGCCUGAAGGUGUUAAUAUACCCAGCUUUGUCUUUGAGAAUAUACAUAUAUGUGAAUAAACCAUGUUUGUGGUUGUUGUAAAA